GCAUUUCCGACUCGAAGCAUAAUCUUUUCCACCAUCGAUGUUAUUUGAAUCCUCUAUUCACUCAUUUUUUCAUUGGGUACAUGAGUGCAACAGUACUCUCAUUCACUCAUGCAAGAGUAACACUACCUGGUGAUUCUCAUGUGGUGUUGCUCAAGUUACAACAUUUGCUCUGUAAUAAAAUUUGAUCCUAAUACUGUAAAAAAAAGAAAAUGUAAAAAUGAUGUGUGUAUGAUGUCAGAGCAAAUCAGAUCAAGUCAGACAGAAAGAGAACUUGCUGCUAACAACUUUAUAUGAAGGUAAAUGCUCUGUUAAGUUAUCCCUGAAAUGUUAUCUGCAUUUGUACAGUACAGGGUGAAGAGGGAAAGGGAAUCCAUGACUUGCUGUUGUAAAGCUUAACAAGUAAAACAGGAAUAGUAGCAACAGUAGUAAUUAGUUGUAGUAGUAAGUUGUGAGAGCACAACUGACCGACAGAGGGCAGUAGUAUGCUUAAAACGCAGACCGUGUGCCGCAUAUAAAAGAAGAAGAUUUGUUCUCACGGGAAAAGCGAGGAAAGAAGAAGUCACGGAAGGGAAAGGAGGUCGACACCGUUAAAACACACAAAACAAGAAGAUGGACAGACGCUAGUCAACCCACUCCGACCCGGAAGCUGGCAAUAACACAAGAAGAAGCCAUGGAACGCAAGCGGCGCAGCAUAGACGGCUCCACUUUGGAACAGCACCUCGAUUGUCUGGCAGAUGUUUACAGGUGUUUCCUGAGGGAAUCGUGCCCCAGUCAAAGUGCGGCGGUUGUGGCAAGUGUAAUAUUUUCUGGGGUUUGUGCUCCGGACGAUGACACACACCAUGUUCCUGCACAACAUAUCCAGGAAUUAACUUGCUGCUGUUUGACGCUGGUGGAGAAGAUGACCUCGAAUCUGACGUAUCAGCCUCCACAAGUGAGCUCAUACUGCUCGAUGAUCCUGAGCACAUUGUUUCGGGACAUGGACGUCAUGUCGCAGCUUGUUCUUCACUUUCAGAACAAAGAGCAGAUAAUCGCCCAUCUCGCCGCAAAGAGUGUGUCAGCAAGUGUCUUCUAUCAUAUCCACACAUCGGGGAUGGUCCCUCCUGUCUGGCUGAGGAGCUGUGUGCAGGCAUUCCACAGCUCAACUCCUGGUUUUGAACUGGAUGCAUGUCUUUGGUCACUGACUGAAGUCUUAAAAAAGCUUCUUAAAGGACCUCAUCAAGAGAUCCUCAGGGAAGUCGUGGCUGCUUUGGAUUCUAGCCUUUGUGCUUUAUGCUCAAGGUUUUUUGCUAAGAACAGAACAUCAACACAGUCUUUGGUGGAUGUGACCGAAGAUGACCAUUGGAAAACAUCGUUCUGCCUCCUGCCUGACCUGCUAGAAGUGCUAACUGCUUCCAGUUUCAUAACUGGAGCUGGGGUCUAUCUGAAGAGUCAGAGACUUGCUAUCCUACACUCAUCAGCACUGCUCUACACAAUCAGCUGCAGCUCAUGGUACUGUGUCAAGAAGCAAGUGGUGUUACUCCUGAAGCGAGCUGUGCUACAGAAGGCUGGAGAGGACUGGGCUUUGGAAGAAGGGUUUUCCAUUGGUCUAAAACAUGAAAAUCUUAGCUCUGACUUGAUUGUGCUGGCUGACACCGUGUUAUCCGCAGUAGCUGCUAACUGGUUGCAGAGUAUUCAAGUGGAGUCUGCUUCUUUCUUUGGGGGAACCAGAUAUGUUGGACAUAAUCGAGAACAGAAAGAAGACUUUGUGAUUCUGCGAGCUGUCAGCCUACUGCUGCUCAGGUCCAUCAAGCUUCGUAUGCAAACGGGUAAUUCAUCAGCACACGUGGACAGUCCCUUACAGCAUCUACACAAACUGUGGGAGUUUGUGAGAUCGUGCAUUGUCCAUCUGUCAGAAACCACUCACAUCUGCCUUUGGGUCAGUGCAGUGUUCGCAGAGCAGGACGACGAUAUGAUGGAAGCAGCCAAAGACUUGCUUUCCAUAUUUCUCCAUCACAGAAUGAGUUCCACACUGGAAGAAUCUGAUUUGUUGGAGGCAGCCUGUGCCUCCGGCUUCAACCCACAUUGCCACUUCCUGUUUCUGCUUCAGAGUGUCUCCUUCGAUCACAGCAUCCUUUUGGACUUCCUCAUCUCCACUGAGACCUGUUUUCUGGAGUACUUUGUUCGUUACCUCAAGUACCUAACUGUUUACUGGCAGGAUUUCACUUCAGUAUGCAGAAGAGUCAGUAUGUCAGACACUCAUCUUGGUUUUAUGAGGUCAUAUGUUUGCUCAGGUCGCAGUGACAUAUCUGCAUUGACCCCUAACAAUUGGCCACAAAUGGAAAAAGGAUGUCGCCUUGUAGAGUAUGACAGCUCAGAGUCUGAUCAGGAGAACACUGACAUUUCUGAGGAUGAACCAGAAAUGUUGAUGUGUCAGAACAGAAGAUUAACUGCCUCAUGUUUCAAACAGGGGAUUAUUAGACAACAAAUAAAACAACCACAAAGACGUUCACUGAACAGUGUGAGUUCCCAACAAACAAGUGCAAACAUAGCUGGCUGUGAAACAUUAGCUAGAGCAGUUCUUUGUUUUUCUGAGCUCAAAGACGUGGUGACAAGGCUGCAUACAAAGAAACUUUUCCCAUACAACCCUUCCUCACUCCUGAAGCUUUUAGCCCAAGUACAGAAAUGCUCCUAGCAGUUGUCACAGCUAAAGGACUAAAUUAAUUGUGCUUUUUUUAAGUUUUUUUUAUCUGUUUUAUUUUCUCAUUAUUGAAAUAUGAAUAAAACACAAAUUGUUUACUGCUGUG